AUGACUUACUUUACGAACUGGGACGAGUUUGGAAAAGCGGUUGAACGGCUUUACCUGAGCAAUCCGGCGCACUGCAGGUUCGUUACAAAGUAUGACCACAAAAAAGGGAAAAUAGUCAUAAAAAUGACUGACGACAUUGUUUGCUUACAGUAUGGCACAGAUCAGUUACAAGACGUAAAACGGCUGGAGAAGCUCACCGCGUCUCUGAUGCGGAACAUUGUAGCUAAAUAA